GUGACUGACUUUAUCUAUAUUAAAAACUAGUUGGUGUGCUGUACCUUUGAGUACUAAAGACAUCUUCGUGUCAGGUCAGCAAAGGAUUCAACAAUGCUCGCUUUCUUGGUCUUUUCAGGCUGGCUUUGCUGCGCCUUCGCUCAGCUCCAUGGCGUGUGUUACACCAACGCACAGCUGUUAAGGGAAGAAGAGGUGGUUGCUUUGGUGUCGGAUAUUGUGGACCGCAACGAGGACAACAUCAUCACCACUGCAGAAGUUGUCGUAGGAUUUGCUGACAUCUUAGGGUACCAGUUUCAGACAUCCGAAGCCCUCAUUUUGCUCAUGAACAGAGAUCAGCUGCUGGUACUAGCUGCGGAACUGGGCAUCAUCAUCACCAGGGAGAACUUUGUUCAGAAAUGGCAAGAGAGAUUUGGUGAUUCGGUUGCUUUCAUCCGGGCAACCUUCGACGCUUACGACGAGAACAAAGAUGGACAACUGAGCGUGCUGGAGCUGGAAUACAUUCUCAAACAUGUCGUGGAGACUGUAGAUAACGGAGAUGGAAUCAUCAGUGCCAGAGAGUUUAGAGAGUAUUUACUUUUCGUAUACAAGAACUGCUAACCUCUGGAGAAGAUAUAAAAGAAAGGACAAACUUCAUCCAAAUGAUCCGGAUAUUUAUAUGUGUACAAACACGAAUGGUAAGGAAAUAAAAAUACAAACAACGAG